CCGGUUUGUUGAAACUCGCAGAGAUUCGGCCUAAAAACCGCGCGUUGUCCUCAAAUGACCUCACAUCCUGUUUUCCCCACUUCCUCCUGAGCGGACCGGUUUGGGACGGUCGGUCCACGGCGCAGCGUGGAUCUGUCGGCGCGUUUCCUCUCACUCACACGUCGUCAUAUCGCUAAGAGUUAACGGCUGCUGAGGUUCAUCCGAGCAGAGCAACAUCAGUGCAGUGUGUGAGCAUGCUGACUCACUGACACACACACACACACAGAGACACACACACACGCAGGAGAGGAGGCUUUGCUGCACUUGUGACGUAAUGAAGACCAGAGAGGCGAAGAUAAUAAACAAGGGCCUGGAGGAUGAGAUGGAGGUGUGGGGGUACCGGCCCUGCAUGUGGAAGAUGAUCCUGGUGGGCGUAGGUGCUGUUUCCUCUGGUGGUCUCCUCCUGCUGCUGCUCUAUUGGCUGCCUGAGUGGGGUGUUAAGGGCACAUGCACACACACCUCGCUGAGGGAUGCACACACACUGCUGCUCAGGACCACAAAUGAGUUCAAGCAGUGGUUUCGAGCUAAAGUCCAUGUGAUGCUGGCUCCAGGGAAGAAGCCCUUCGAGAGUUUGGAUCUGCAGCCCACAGCUCAGCUGCCCAAUGGAGACCACAGCAUCGGUGCUGCACCAGAGCAUCAUGGGAUGUUUUCUCAAAACCUGCCGGCUCAGAUUCACUACUUCAGCCACCACAGCUCUACUUACUAUUGGAAUGACGAGGCACAGGCCUUUGAGACGUAUAAAGGCUUGGAGGAUGUGAAAGUGAGUUGUGCAGGCAUCUACUCUGACCACAGCUCUGGACUUUGUGAAAGAGAGCAGGACUACAGGAGGUUGUUUUUUGGGGAGAAUGAGAUCGCUGUAAGAGUUCCCUCCUUGUUCAAACUCCUCAUAAAAGAGGUCUUGAAUCCUUUCUACAUCUUCCAGGUCUUUAGUGUUAUUCUGUGGAGCUUUGAGGACUACUAUUAUUAUGCCACAGCCAUUGUUUUCAUGUCUGCUAUUUCAAUAGCUACCUCACUGUAUACCAUCAAAAAGCAAUAUGUGAUGCUCCGUGACAUGGUGGCAGCACACAGUGUGGUCCGCGUUACACUGUGCAAAGAAAAUAAAGAUAUUUUGGAGGCCAUGUCGACAGAUCUUGUGCCUGGUGAUGUCGUCGUCAUUCCAACAAAUGGCAUGAUUAUGCCCUGUGACGCCGUGCUCAUCCAUGGAACCUGCAUUGUGAACGAGAGCAUGCUGACAGGAGAGAGUGUGCCAGUAACCAAGACCAGUCUGCCCAGCUCAGGUGAGGAUUCAGCCAGGAGCUACGACAUGGAGGAGCACAAGAGACACACUCUCUUCUGUGGCACCCAUGUUAUCCAGACCCGCUUCUACACUGGUGAACUGGUGAAGGCGGUUGUGGUCAGAACAGGCUUCCGCACAGAGAAAGGCCAGCUGGUGCGCUCCAUCCUCUACCCUAAACCCACGGACUUCAAGCUGUACCGUGACGCGUACCGGUUCCUGCUGUGUCUGGUGGGAGUGGCAGGGAUCGGCUUCAUCUACACCGUCGUCCUCAGUGUGAUGAAUCAGGUUCCGGCGAGAACGAUCAUCAUUGAGUCUCUGGACAUCAUCACCAUCACUGUGCCGCCGGCCUUACCAGCAGCCAUGACGGCUGGGAUUGUGUACGCGCAGAGGCGUCUGAAGCGAGUCGGCAUCUUUUGCAUCAGCCCCCAGAGGAUCAACAUUUGUGGUCAACUUAACCUGGUUUGCUUUGACAAGACUGGUACUUUGACUGAGGAUGGUUUGGACCUGUGGGGGAUUCACAGAGCUGAAGACUGCAGUUUUUCUCCUCCAGAGUCGGAAGCAGCCAAGGAGAGCCUGGUGAACUCUAGAUUUGUGGCCUGCAUGGCAACCUGCCACUCACUGACCAAGAUAGAGGGCGAACUCUGCGGAGAUCCUUUAGACCUGAAGAUGUUUAAUGCCACAGGCUGGGUCCUAGAAGAGCCCAUAGAGGAGGAGACAGCGCUCCACAAUCCCAUAAUGCCCACAGUCGUGCGACCUCCAAAGCACGUCAUCCCUGAAGCCGAUCAGAGCAAUCCCUCUGCUCAGAACAUGCCCUUUGAGAUUGGCAUUGUGCGUCAGUUCCCCUUCUCCUCAACACUGCAGAGGAUGAGCGUUGUUGUGAGGAAGUUGGCAGAAAAACACAUGGACGCUUACUUGAAAGGAGCUCCAGAGAUUGUGGCCAGCCUCUGCAAACAGCAAACAGUCCCACAGAGUUUCACAGAGACUCUGGAGAUCUACACCAGGCAGGGUUUCCGUGUUAUUGCCCUGGCACAUCGUCAGCUGGAGUCCAAACUCUCCUGGCACAAAGUUCAGAGCCUCAGCAGGGACCUGAUAGAAACCAACAUGGAAUUCCUCGGUUUGAUCAUCAUGCAGAACAAAAUCAAGGAGGAGACGGCCGGGGUUUUGCGUGAAUUGCGACAGGCUAACAUUCGCACUCUGAUGGUCACAGGUGACAACAUGCUGACAGCCAUAUCAGUAGCUCGAAGCUGUGGCAUGGUCCGUGCACAUGAGAGGGUCAUUAUAGCAGACGCUGUGCCACCUAAAGAUUUCCAGCCCGGGAGUAUCACGUGGCAUUACACUGAAAAUCCUGCUCAAAUCACCAAGGACACUCAGUGUGUGGAGAUAGACCUGGAGAAGGAGGAGGUUUAUGACGAUGAACACACUCCGCAGGAACAAAACUAUCACUUUGCUUUAAGUGGUAAAACCUUCGCUGUUAUCAUUGAGCACUUCCCGCAACUCAUCCAAAAGCUCGUGCUGAGAGCCACUGUGUUGGCCAGAAUGGCUCCAGACCAGAAGACCCAGCUUGUGGAAGUCCUGCAGAGCAUCGACUACACUGUUGGGAUGUGUGGUGAUGGUGCAAAUGACUGUGGAGCUCUGAAGAGUGCUCACAGUGGGAUUUCUCUGUCCGAGCUGGAGGCUUCUGUAGCCUCGCCGUUCACCUCCUCCACGUCAAACAUCUCCUGUGUCCCCAACCUCAUCAGGGAGGGUCGAGCUGCCCUCAUAACAUCCUUCUGCGUGUUCAAGUUCAUGGCUCUCUACAGCAUCAUCCAGUACCUCAGCGUCACCCUGCUCUACUCUAUCCUCAGCAACUUAGGAGACUUCCAGUUCCUCUUCAUUGACAUUGCCAUCAUUCUCAUCAUUGCCUUUACAAUGAGUCUGAACCCGGCGUGGAAGGAGCUGGUGUGGCGUCGCCCACCGUCCAGCCUGAUUUCCGGCCCGCUGCUCUUCUCGGUUCUGACCCAGAUCAUCGCCUGCCUUUUCUUCCAAGUCCUGGCUUUCCUCCUGGUGAGACAGCAGAAGUGGUAUGAGAUAUGGACGCCACAGUCAGAUGCCUGUAAUGUUUCCAGAUCCAGUUUCUCCCACGUCCAGAAUGUAACAACUGCUCACGACGUCAAAAACAUCAGGAACUACGAGAACACCACCCUCUUCUAUGUCUCCUCUUUCCAGUACCUGGCUGUGGCCAUCGUCUUCUCCAAGGGGAAACCAUUCAGACAACCAAGCUACAAGAACUGGCCGUUCUUACUUUCCUGCAUUGGUCUGUACACGUUUCUGCUGCUCAUCAUGCUGUAUCCUGUUCCUGCCAUCGACAGCUUCCUGGAGAUCGUGUGUGUUCCCCACGACUGGCGCAUUACGCUGGUGGUUAUUGUCAUAGUGAAUGCGGCUGUGUCUUUCAUGCUGGAGAUUUUCAUCCUUGACAUCGUCCUGUGGAGGCUAGUUUUCAGAGGCAAUAAUGGGGUAAAUCAACCCACAGAGUCCCCCUCGUCUACCACACCUCAGGUGGGGAAUGAACGCUGGAGCUCGUCCUUCCUCUCCUGGUUGUUCUGUCGGAGAAGCAAGCCACCGAGGGUGCGUUACAUGCAGGUGGCCCUGGAGCUGCAGGGCGACUUGGACUGGCCCCCUCCACCGUCCACCGUCACCUACGCCGGCGAAUCACAGUGCCACGUGUCCGCCGACCUCUGACACCAACGUGACCAACUAGCAAAUUACUGCACAGACUGAACCUAAAGCCCUGCGCAAGGUAACAUUCGUUAACAGGAGUCCAAAUCAAAGACGUGGUGGAUGGCAACAAACGGACCUUCAUAAAGAACAAGUCUCUGACUGUAACACUGUGAGCUGCUCAUACAUACAAUUAUCUUCAAACUCCCUGAUUUGGAUUUUAUUUGUACUUGUCAUAAUAGUGUUUUGCUUUCUGACAGAGAGUUGGUUUAGAAAAUGAAUACCACUGUCAUGUUUGUGUUGUGAAUAUGCUGGUAUGACAACAGGUGGUUAGUACAAACGGUGCAACCAUCGAGGAUUAGUUAACAAAGCGGUGGAAACAAUACAGACUCUAAAAAAGAAAGCGGAUUUUCUUGCUCUGCAUUCCAAACAACUCCUCUCCAGUUAUAAAUUCUCUCAAACCACUAAGAUAUUGUUGUACAGCUUUAUUUAGAGUAUUGGCUAAAUAACUUCUCUGACUGACCACAGUCAAUCUACACAUACAUAACACUCGUGAUCAAAACCUAACACCCUUAUACAAACCUUUAAGAAUACUGAUGUACUGAAGGAGUGUGUGGAGUUUGCAUGCUCUCCCAGUGUGUGCGUGGGUUUUCUCUGACUUACUCCCACAGUCAAAAACAUGCAACUGACCACUUUAGAUUGACCAUAGGUGUGAAUGUUUUUUUCUUUGUUUGUAUGUUGGCCCUGCAGUCGACCGGCUACUCGGCCAGGGUGUACUCUUCCUUUCACCCUAUGUAAGCUGGGAUUGUCUUCAGCCCCCGCGAGGAUAAAGUGGUAGAAAAUGAAUGAGUGAAUGAUUUACUUUAAUCCCUCAUGUAUCUGCUUAUAGCAUGGAGAGCACAUUUUUCAGAUUCAUACGUGGAUGCUGCAUUUCAUUUGCAUUCAGGCAUGAGAGUGGUAUUAAUCUUCUCCGUACAUUUCACACUGUGAGUUUUCAGCAUCUGAUCCAGCAUCCACACGCAGAAUAAUCUACAGAUACAAAUAAAUAAGUUCUUUCAUGUACAACUGCUGCUAAGUGAAGUGAAUAAAAGCUGUGAAGCAGUAUACGACCAUACAGAACACAAGGACUCAGUUAACAGUUUUAUGAAUAGAAACUGGUUGUUAUAUUUCUAUAACAGAUGCAUUUCACUGUUGCAUUUCAUUCUACCUGCAUACGUUAAAAUUCUUCCCGUGGAAGAGAGAAGCAGAUACUUGUGACCCAAUUUAAAGUUGUAAUGAAAGUGUGUGUGUGUGUAUGUGUGUGCACGCCAGUGACAGAGAAAGUGUCAGUUCACAAUGAGAAUCACAAUGAACCAUAACAGUAUGCAUUAUGAAAUAUCAUUUUACUCAAUAUGAAUGUCUUUUUCAAAGUAAUUUUGUCCGUUUUACUCAAUUAUACAGUUUCUAGGGUACUGUAGAUCUAAUCAGACCUGACAUUUUGAUUAAUUAAUGCAAGCAAAUUAAUUGAAAUUAACCUUUGAUGCGUUUGUUGCGGAGACAAUUUCAUAACAGUCGAUUUUUUAUUAGCCUCUUUUUAAUGCCGUGUUUGUAUGUAACCGUUUACAGGUGUGAUUUAUAAGUUUUCACAAGAAUGAAGAAUGAAAUAAAUGUGAAAAUCUAAAACUUUGAAAAGCAAAAUGUCACAAUUAUUACAAUACAGAACAUUAUUUUAAGGGAAUGUUGUUGUUUUUUGAAGAAAUGAAUAGACUUAUUUUUUUAUUUGUAUAAUAUCACAAGAAUGUUACAGGGUCGCUGUGUUUGCGCUGCAGAACUCCCAUUGAAUCUCCCAAUAAAUCUGUAUAUUAAG